AUGGCAGAUAAGUUACGAAAAAUGAUCGCUUUAAGACUCAGUUGUGUGAAGGAAAUACAAGUUAUACAUAACUUGGCCCUUUCCGCCAAAGGGGACGCUGGAUUUCGUAUCAAAUUCAAGGUUCGAUAUACUUCUCUCAAGGAUUUGAGUGACGAGUUUAAUAGAAGUCACAGUUCCGUUCUAUCGUUAUUAGCCGCGGAUAAAGAGGCAGACCUGAACGCCGAAGAUUCAGUUAAAAGUGAUUUCUUAGAAAUGUUUUAUGACAUCAAAUCCAUUUAUGCGGAAUUAUUCGAUGUAGCGUCUCAUUUGAGCUAUGCAGGUUCUUCAGGUGAUCAAACUAAUGUUGAUAUUCCGCAUGUAAAACUACCGCAGAUCGAUUUGCAACGAUUUUCCGGAGAUAUUAGAGAUUUUCCUGGAUUCAAGGAUAUGUUCGAUGCUUUAGUUCAUACUAAUUCAGCGCUCAAGCCCGUGGAAAAAUUCAAUUAUUUGAUUUCUUCGCUGACCGGUACUCCUUUAGAAUUAAUAAAACAUCUGAAAGCCACAACCGAGAAUUAUAAAACCGCUUAUGAAACUUUGGUUACUCGUUAUACCAAUCCUCGAGCUCAAGCUCGUUCUUAUUGGCUGCCAAUAGAAAAUUUCGCUCCUUUAAAGUCAGAAGAUCCUCAUUCACUGCGGAAGUUAUUGGAUACAUUUUCCAUAAAUUUACAAAGUCUGAAAAAUAUGAAUGUUGACAUAGAGUGCGAUUUCGUUCUAACUCAUAUGUUGUUAUCACGCUUAGAUACGGAAACAGCUAGGGCAUUCGAAAGGGAAUAUGGUUCUACAUCUAUUCCUGAAUAUAAAACGCUAUUUACAUUUUUAGAAAAACAUUGUAAUGGACUGUUGAAUAUAUCUGGAAGUAACCCAAUGCCAAAAUCAAUUUCGAAGGCUUCUAAAUCAUUCCCUUCGAAACCAACUCAUAAUUUUCUGACGCGAAAAGAGGUUAAGACACCCCAAUGUGUAUUGUGCUCAGGAGGUCAUAAUCUUUAUACUUGUAGCGAAUAUUUGAAUAAAACACAAAAGGAGAGAUAUGCCUUUUGUAAAAGCCGAACGUUGUGUUUUUCUUGCUUAAGUUGUCUUCAUACAUUGAAUAGAUGUAAAUCCAAGUCAGCGUGUCGUAAAUGCGGUAGUAAAAAACAUCACACGACGCUUCAUUGGGACACUGAAAAAUUUGGAAAUCAUGUCACAGAUUCGAGUGGGGUUAAUUCGGAUCAAAACCGGGAAGGUGCGUCGGCGCCUAGCCCCUCCACGUCCGUAGAACAUUCUUUUACCGCUCGUACCCCACCACGUUCUCGCUCACGCUGCGUCAUAUUGGGUACGGCGAUGGUCGAGGUGCAAACAUAUGAUGGAACGCAAAAGAAAUUUCGCGCACUGCUAGAUUCCGGUUCAGAAAUUUCUAUAAUAUCGAGAGGAUGUUAUAACGCUCUGAAUAUUCCUCGAUUGGUUUCCUCUGUGGUUAUAAAUGGCGUAGGUAAUACGCGAGUCGUAAACAAAGGAAUAGCACAAAUUAAACUUAGACCUAUUGGUAACUCAGAUUUAGUUUUGGCGAUCGACGCGGUAAUUUUACCCAAAAUAUGUGAUAAAAUGCCGACUUAUCGAUUAGAUAAUACUUCGUGGGGGUAUUUAAAAGAUCUGCCUCUGGCAGAUCCGCAGUAUUACGUACCGGGUGAAGUUGAUAUAUUGUUGGGCUGCGAUGUGUUCGCCAAUCUUUUGUUGAAUGAGACAAUUUCUGGAAUCAAUGGGGGUCCUAACGCUCUUCGUACUAUUUUCGGUUACGUCUUGUUGGGAAGGAUCGAACACGAACCGAUCGCCUUGCAGGUCAAUUCCUUCCUUAACACAAUCUCUGAAGAUUUUUUAGAUAAUUUAAUGAAACAGUUUUUUGAAAUAGAAACAGUACCGGACUCGGUCACCUCUCCUCCAGAAGGUGAAUGUGAGGAUAUUUUUAAGAAUAAUGUUUGUCGAACCACCUCAGGCAGAUACGUGGUACCUCUUCCGUUUAAGGUUACAGAUCCGAUUUUUCCUCAAUGUCGUGAACUGGCACUUCAACGAUUUUACGCUUUAGAACGACGUCUUUUGCGUCAUCCCGCAUUUCAUGAACAGUAUUGUGCUGUUAUCAGAGAAUAUCUCGAAUUGUCUCAAAUGGAGAUUGUAGACCCUCCGAGAGACGGGUUAAAAUUUUUCUAUUUACCUCAUUAUGCGGUUAUUAAACCCGAUCAUUAA